AUGGCCGAUAACGGUGAUCGCAUGUUCUGCCAUGCCUGUGGUGGGGUUUGGCUGAGAAAUGAUAGCGGUUUGACGUGCCCGCAUUGCGAAUCCGAUUUCACCGAGAUUAUCGAAAUCCCUCCUGAAAACCCCCCUCCCGAGCGCGCGGACGAACCGCGUACGCCACCCAAUAUGAACCCGUGGGCAGACCACGAUCCCUGGGCCCGAGAAGGGACUCCAGACUCACCAGGGUUUGGGUUCAUGGGUGGAGGUUCUCCUGGAUUCGCUCAACGCACAUAUAGAUCGCCCGAUGGGCGCUUCACCUUUAGCAGCACCACUUUCGGCGGGGGAUACUCGCCACGCCAGGAAGCCGCGCACGCAGAUCCCACGGUUCCGAUGAUGGUGCAAAGCCUGGAUACAAUCUUCAAUGGGCUCGCAGACACAUACCGCCCCCUCCGCCGCCAGGAUGGCAAGACCACGAUCCUUUUGUCGCAGAUGAGCUUCCAGGCCCUGACAGACUACGUCCUCGCAAUGCUGGCGGGCCGCAGGCCAGGGGCACCGCCGGUAGAGAACCUGGCCGAACUCAUGGGUGCCUUCCGAGCAGAUUAUGGGCCGCGUCCAAGAGGCGGAAGACCCGGGGCACGCACCAUGAUCGGGCCUAAUCCUCUCUCGAUUCUUUCGGCUCUGCUUAACCUCGACCGAACCGGGGAUGCGGUUUAUUCGCAGGAAGAGCUUGACCGAGUCAUUUCACAGUUGAUCGACCAGAAUGCGCACGGAGGAGCACCGCCGCCGGCCGCAGGAACGGCCAUUCGAUCUUUGCCUAAAAAGAAGGUGGACCAAGAGAUGCUGGGGACAGAUGGGAAGGCAGAAUGCUCGAUUUGCAUGGAUGCAGUGGAACUCGGCACCGAAGUCACGGUACUGCCCUGCACACAUUGGUUUCAUUACAACUGCAUCGAAGCGUGGCUGAGCCAGCACAACACCUGUCCGCACUGUCGACGAAGUAUCAAUUCAACCGGAGGUGCUGGUGAAGGCACCAGGGAGAGCCCGGUUGUGAUCCAGGAUAGUCCUGACCGCCGAACUUCCACCGGACAAGGCCCAAGUUCCGGCUUGACUCCGCGCAGUGGCCGCUCUUCUUCAUCUGGCACCCGUUCAUCCCCAUCACAGUCUCGAGAAUCUAGAGGGUCCAGAGAUUCAGGUUCUCGACGUGCCAGCCGGGGCGAAGGCCAUCAUGGCGGGUUCACCAGCUGGGUUUGGAGCCGGUUGGGAGGUGGCGGGUAG